AUGGCUUCCGAAUUCAUUGGAUACAACGUUCUUGUGACGCUGAGAACUCCGCCUAAUGCAACUGCCCAAGGCGUCGUGGCCAAUGUCAUAGGACAACGUCUGAUGCUGCGGGAUGUCGCACUUUCGUGGAGCCCCCAGAAAUUUCCCACAUAUUUCAUUGAAGCUACCGACAUUGCCGACCUCUCUCUUGGACCAAACCCCAAUGCGCCCUCGCAUAAUCAGCAGCCAGGCAGAGAGAGCCAUAAUAUAGCCCGUGCACCCCCUGUGGUACCGGCACAACAACCAUUUGUUGACCCGGCCAUCUUAAGCUUCAGCAAACCAUCUACUGAGCAAUUCAGCCAGGGCCCAAGACCAGGAGGGCCGCAGCUUCAACCCGCUCCGAUCGACCGAUUGAGCUCUCCAGCUUCUCAGAAUAUCCAUCCUCCGCAUCAGGUCCAGCGUGAUCAAUCUGCAGUCCUUACGGAACCGUUCAGCAACUUGGAGGUGAAUGUAGAUGGCAGAGUAAAUGAGCCUCACAAUGCGUCUCAGGGAAACGAGUUGCAUGGGUCUGUUCCUGCAGGCAGUGAUGAGUUUACAACUGCACAACGCUCUGCCAGCCAGGUCAACCUAAAGGGUACUCGUCGCGUUGGUCAGAACAAAUCCCAGCGUUCAGGGUUAACGCCUGUUAAUGAGCAUGAUGGCGCGGCGAAUACAAACCCGAAGACCCGAGGGUGGCGUCAGACUGCCUUUGUAGAGCCUGCUAGUCCACAAAAAUACAGAGAAAGAGAGCCUAACUCACGGCGUCGGAAGAAGAAGAACCGCGGCUCUUAUGCGGAGGAUCCCAAUGGUUGGGCAACAGAAGAUGCUACCGACAUUCAAGAACUGGGUGAUUUCGAUUUUCAAAGUAAUCUCUCCAAAUUCGACAAAAGAAGAGUCUUUGAAGAGAUUAGAAAUGACGACACCACGGCAGAUGAAGCACGAUUGGUUAGUUUUAAUAGAAGGGUCCCCAAGCCGGGCACAAACGGAGGGAAGAAUUUGCAUUGGACUGAGAAUGUGCUUGAUAGUCCUCCAGGUAGUGAAACCGGAGACACUGACCAGGAGCCAAGCGACGCGAAACUGAGCAGUGGAAACUACUCAGGACGCGAGCUCUCAAGAGGGUCAGCACGAGCCCAGAGCCGGAAGGGAAGUGGCAUUCUAGGACAACCCCUGGUACCUCCCCAGAUUAACACUGUUGGGCGUGGCCAACUCAGCGCUUCUCGUACUACCAGUCCUCGGCCUGGAAGUAAGGCUUCAGUUUCGGCAUCGCCUAUUAGCGGACCCGGCGUUCCUGGAGCUUCCUUGCGCCUCACUACAACGAAUAGAAGUUGUCCGACUGUGAGCCCGCUACAAGCCCUCGAAGUCGAGCAAAUUGCGGUCGCUGAACUUGGCCUGACUGAAGAUAUGAUCACAGAAAACGCUGGGAGAAGCAUUGCGGAAGCUGCCGUUGGCCUUUUGUCUAAUGAUGCCGCUGCGCCUACCAUGCUUGUGUUGACCGGCAACCAUCGUACUGGCGCAAGGGCCGUAUCUGCUGCUCGUCACCUCCGUAAUAGAGGACACCGCGUGACUGUCUGUAUGCUUGGUAUUGAACACGAAAAUGAAUUACUUGAGAGCUGCCGCAAGCAGAUUGAUGUUUUCAAGAAGAUCGGUGGACGUGUGCACAGAUGGGAAGAUUUAUCAACGCGGCUUUCAACCUCUGAAUUCAGUCCUGAUCUAGUCCUAGAUGCUCUAUUCGGUAUUCACAUAGCCUUUGAUGAUCUCCGCACCGACGAUCAAGCUGUGGCCUUUGAGAUGAUCGCCUGGGCCAACCGAAGUAACCUCGAAGUUCUGUCCGUUGACGUUCCUUCGGGCUUCUCAGCUUCGAGCGGUGAGGUGACCGUAAUGGAGGGAGGCCGGCACCUGAUGCCUAUGUCAACCUGGACGGACAAGCUUUACAUCACACAUUCUGAGUGGGCAUCGGGUGAUUCGUACUCUGCGAGCGCCGGACAAGGGGGGGCGAAAGGAGGAGACAACGCACCCUUCAAACGCCUUCCUUUCAAUUUCUGCUCUCUUUCACUGCAGCCAUUCACCCACCCGGUUUGCACGCAUUCCGGGACAAUUUUCGACCUCACCAAUAUCCUCCCUUGGAUCAAGAAACAUGGAAAGAAUCCGGUAGACGGUACACCGCUGAAAAACUCCGACCUGAUUAAGCUCAACAUCGCGAAGAAUGAAUCGGGUGAUUACGUCGACCCAGUAACCUAUAAAGUCUUGACGGAUAACACACACAUUGUCGCUUUGCGCAACACCGGGAAUGUCUUCGCUUGGGACACCGUUGAGCGGUUGAAUAUCAAGGGGAAGCUGUGGCGCGACCUCGUCACGGACGAGGAAUUUGGACGCAAGGACAUCAUUACACUACAGGAUCCACAGAAUAUCGAGUCGCGGAAUCUCAGCUCCUUUAAUUAUUUGAAGGAAGGCGAAAGUGUGCCUGGACAAAAAGAGGAAGAGUCCAAUGUUAAUGCCAGCGCAUUGGGAAGUUCGGCGAAAAUCUUGAAGGCAAAGGAGGCCGUGGCUAAAGCCCGUUCGGAGAGAGCGCAGCGAGCUGGCUCUGCUGCUGUUGCCAAGAAGGCUGAUGGUAGUACGACUGCAAGUACUCAGUCCAAAACAGCCUCGUUCCAAUCUGGGAAACCUACACCAUACAAUGCAGCCAAGCAUACUACGGGUCUGGCUGCGGCAUCCUUCACGAGUACUGGUUUAACUCCACAUACCUCUGCCGAGCUCGCGCUCCUUUCAGAUGAGGAAUACAUGCUAAAACGGGGGCGUAUAAAGCAAAAGGGCUAUGCUCGAAUCUCAACUACAUCCGGUGACAUUAACUUGGAGCUACAGACGGAAUACGCGCCAAAGGCCGUGUGGAACUUUAUCAAAUUGGCUAAAAAGGGAUAUUAUAAAGAUGUCACUUUCCAUCGCAAUAUCAAGGGCUUCAUGAUCCAGGGCGGAGAUCCCUCGGGUACUGGUCGAGGUGGUGAAAGUAUCUGGGGUAAAUACUUCAAUGAUGAAUUCGAGGGACCUUUGAAACAUGAUUCCAGAGGGACUCUCAGCAUGGCCAAUAAAGGCAAGAAUACGAAUAGUAGUCAGUUCUUCAUUGCGUACCGUGCUCUCCCACACUUGAACAACAAGCAUACUAUUUUCGGUCAUGUAAUCGACGAUCCGACUCCUUCGUCCACCACCCUAAACAACUUGGAAACGCACCCGGUCAAUGCAUCAACUAAUAGGCCUACUCCAGACAUUCGCAUCACAGAUGUUACCAUAUUUGUGGACCCCUUUGAGGAGUUUUUGAAUCAGAAAAAGGCGGAAGAGACGUCAGGGAAGAAUACAACAGCCGAUUUAACAGAAGAAGACGGGAAAACUCAGCAGGAAGAUGACGACCAAGUUACUUGGACAGGCAAAAGAGUGCGCGGCCCAGGCUCUUCAGGAGCUGGCGGCGAUGCUUCGAGCGGAGUCGGAAAGUAUUUGAAGGCUGCGUUGGCUAAUCAAGCCGCUCAAGAAGAGGAUGAAAUCGUGGAAUUUGUAGACGAAGAGGCUGAGCCCGAGCCGAUGCGGAAGAAGUUCAAAAGCAGGGGAGGGUUUGGGGAUUUCAGUUCGUGGGAUUGA